GGCGCUGGACGUGCUGAAGGACUUUGCGCCGGGAGCCCAGCUGCCGGUUUUGCUCUACAACGGCGAGCCCAAGACUGACACCGUCACCAUCGAGGACUUCCUGGAGGACAAGCUGGCCCCCCCCAUGUUCCCCAGCCUGGUCCCACGGUACAGGGAGUCAAGCCUGGCCGGGAACGACAUCUUCCACAAGUUCUCCACCUUCAUCAAGAACCCGGUGCCUGCCCAGGAUGAAGCGCUGCAGCGGAGCCUGCUGCGGGCCCUGCUGAAGCUGGACGAGUACCUGAGUGCCCCCUUGGAGUACGAGCUGGCCCACGACCCCCAGCUCCGGGUCUCCCAGCGCCGCUUCCUCGAUGGGGAUCAGCUCACGUUAGCCGACUGCAACCUGCUGCCCAAGCUCAACAUCGUUCAGGUCGUGUGCCAGCACUACC